GGGUGCAGUCCCCAGCCAGGGUGGGUGGGACCACCGAACCAAAACACAGCUCAGAGCGGGUCACAGCACAGCGCAGCGGCACAGAGCAGAGCCAGCAGCCACCGUGGCCAUCCUGCCCCUGCCCUGUUGUCACGGGCUGUGAUGGCACCAGGCAGAAGGGAUGCGUGCCGUGGGCGGGGGGCAGUGGGAACGUGUGCCACAGCCCAGGCUGCCCUCUGCAAGGCCACGGCCGGACACCGGCAGCUGGUGCUGCAGCUCGGGGGGAGCGGGGACGGCCCCCGGCUGCUAGAGGAGCGACGCAGGAGGAGCGCAGAGGCCUGUGAGCUCAGCAUGGGGCUGCGGCGGACGCUGCUGGCGGGGCUGCGGCAGGGCCCGGCCAGCCCUCGGGAGCGGCAGGAGCUGGAGCGGCUCUGGGUGCUCUUCCUCUCUGCCCUGGAGCUCUUCCUGCAGGACCUGCACAGAGCCCAGCACCUCUGCCAGCUCUUCUCCGUGCAAGGGGGCGGUGUUGCCCCGCUGCACACUGGGCUGGGGGGCUGGGGGCUGCCCAGCCGGAGAGGAGGGGGUCCCACGCAGCCCCCGACCACCCAGAGCUUGGAGGAGGAGAUCGAGCAGGUGAGGGCCACGCUGGCAGUGAUGGAGAGCGGAGCCAACAUUCCACCAUGGACAGUGGAAGCCACGGAGACCACACAGCCGGCAGAGACAAGCGGCACCGCAGAGAGAGCGGCCUGGGGAGGCGCCUGUGCUGGGCACUGCUGUGGGGUGCUGUGAGCUAGGGGGGCAGGAGAGGUGGCACCCCUGUCACAGAGCAGGGGACAGAGGUACCCCUACAGUCCUCAACCUCUGCCUUUGCAGGUGAUGGUGAGAGCUGCUCCCACCCUGUACACAAAAUGGGAUCACUCCAGGUCCCCAAAGAUUUAUAAACUCCUGUUACCCCACAGGGGUCUGUAUCCCUUCCACCCUUCCUGCCCACACUUGCAGAGGGGCCUCUGGGCACUCUGGGUGUGCCAGAGCUGCCACAGAAUCCCCUGCAGAAGUUAUAAACCUGCAUUUAUUUAUACAUUAACCGUGGCUUGGACUGCGACAUUAAUUUAAA